GGAAAGGUUAACCCCGCUGCCUCCUCCCCGAGACCCGGCAGAGUCGGAGCAGACGUGCAGACCGGAGGAUGCAGAGCGCCCUGGAAUACGCCUGGUCUCCCAAGGCUCUCAUACGAUCAGUUACUACUGUGGGUUCCUCACUAACUCGAAAAGUUCUGUUCCCACCUCUUCCUCCUCCACCACGACCCUUUCGAGUAUCAAAUUGGGACAGAAGCCGGCGAAAAGGGGUGAUGGCUGGCACCUUACAGGAACUGCUAGAAAAGGCAGUGGAGACGUUGCUUAUUGCCACUAGAGUCGUGACCCUGGUACUAGAAGAGGAUGGCACAGUUGUCGACACGGAGGAUUUCUUUCAGUCUUUGGAGGACAACACACAGUUUGUACUUCUUGAAGGACAGCAGAAGUGGGCACCAAAAAGAAAUGUCACGCCAUCCACCACACAAGUGAACAAGAAGGGAAUAGCCAACAUUACAUUGGAUUUGUACAAGCUGAACCCCAAGGAUUUUAUUGGCUGCCUAAACAUAAAGGCAACCUUUUACGAAAUGUACUCCGUGUCUUGUGAUAUUAAGUGUUUGGGGGCAAAGAAGGUUUUGCGGAGCUUUCUGCGGAUCCUGUCUCACCUUGCUCAGGUAGCUGGGCAUUUUCUCCUAUACGGCGGCUCAUAUAUCCUUCAGUGGACAGAAGAAAGUGAUGAAAGAACAUACAGAAGGGCACGGAACUCUUAAAAUGCCAGUGGAAUGUCCUUCACCACCCGUUAUAACGUACAUGUAUACACCUGAUGGUGGCCAUAUGCAUUUCCAGAUGACCACACAGCCGAUAGUCAUGAACUUUUUCACGUGCACUUUUUGUACAAUACAUACGUUGUAUAAAGCAUCUCCUCAUAUUUGCAUUUCUGUCUCAUUAGUCCAGGAGAUAAUUAGGAAUCCUCAUGUCUGUUAAUUCCAAUACUAAUGACCACAUUUUUUUUUUUACAUGCAUUGUGUCGUAUGUACACUAGAGCAUUACUUUGCUGCCUGCAGUUAUCCUAGGUCACACUCAACGAGAAGCUGAGAUACGGGCAGUUGUCCUACAGAUGUCAUGAUAGCGUACAGCUGUGGUGAGCAAUCAAAAAGCCUGUGGGACUAAAAAAAAAAAAGACUUUUUUUUUUUUUUUUUUUCCAAGCAAAGAAAAUCGCCAGUUCUGUCAUGUAAACACCCUAUUGAACAGCCCCUCUUGUCUCCGUUUCCUGGACUUGGCAUGGCAUAUAAGAACUUCAUGCACACGACCGUAUCUGUUUUGCAGAUCUGUUCACAAAACACAGAUGCGGUCCUAUUGACUUCAAUUGGUCUGUGGUCCGCAUUUUGCUGGCAGUCUUUUGCAAAACAGACAUAUGGGUGCAGGGAGCACACAGAUGAUGUGUAAUUCCCGCUUCCGUAUGUCCAUUCUGAAGAAGGAUAGAACAUGUCCUAUACUUGGCAGCAAACCUUCACAGUUUUACAUCACUCUAAUAUGACCACAUUUUUGUACCCGACUUAAAGGGGUUGUCCAAGUUAUUUUUAUUGAUGACCUAUCCUCAGGAUAGGUCAUCAAUAUCAGAUAGGUGGGGGUCCGACACCUGGCACCCCCGUUGAUGGUGCCAGUGCUGCCUUCUCUUCAUUGUUUACCUGUUUGCAGUCACAACAGCAGUGGUGAGCAGGUAUAAUUACACCUAACCCAAUCCCAUUCAUAUCCUGAGGAUAGGUUAUCAAUGAAAAUAACUUGGACAACCCCUUUAAGGAACCUCUCAAUGGUUCUUCUAAAGUGAACUUGGAUCACCAAAGAGCCUGUAGUGUUCUAAGGCUACUUUCACACUAGCGGCACGGACCUUCAGCAGGCUGUUCCGUCGGGUGAGCAGCCUGUCGGAACGCGUGCCCCUGGACUGCCGCUCCGUCCCCAUUGACUAUAAUGGGGGCGGAGGCACGGCAGCAUACGGCGAGAGGCUGAGGGAAUAAAACUACGACAUGUCCGACAUUUAUCUCGGCAGCCUCUCACCGUGAGCUGCCGUGCCUUGCCGGAACUCUGCACCGCCCCUAUUAUAGUCAAUGGGGACUGAAGCGGCAGUCUGGGGGCACACGUUCACUAGUGGCAGGACGGAUCAGACAGGCUGUUCACCCGAAGUAACAGCCUGCCGGACUCCCCUGCCGCUAGUGUGAAAGUAGUCUAAGUCUGGUUCAGUAGAAUCUGGGUGUUGCAGUUAGAUUAAAGCCAUGUAAAACCAGCCGUAACCGCAGUCAACAGCAGUUAUUGAUUUUGAGUAGGAAACUUCUAUUGCUGACUUUGGUUUUGUGUAGAUCCUUUUAUUAAUAAGUCUGUGAAUCUUUGUGGGUGCUGCUAGUUUGAGAAUUUCCAUUGUUCUAAUCCCUUGACAUCAUGUAAAGGUUAUUUAUUGAAAAAGGCUUUAUGAUAUAGUUUUUUCUAUUAGAUUAUUUUGUUUUUCAAGUUGAUGCUGCUGAAAUGUAAGUGAAGUCUUGUGUAUCUGAUCAAAUAUGAAUCAAGCAAAAGUGAAUAUUGUAUGUGUUAAGUAAUUUCCUACAAACAUUUGAUUUGCUUGUUUCAUAGAACUGUAUUUCACUAGAUUCAGAAUAGUUUUAGACGUAAAGGAACUCAUUUUCUUUCCAGUGUGCUGUUUCUUGUGAAGAUCCCUACUUUAUUUAACUUAAGUGAGGGUUGUGGCCUUCACAAUCUCUUCAUGUGGCUUCUGCAUCAUUGGGCAGUGGUGCAUUUUUUACAUUCCCUUUUUUUUUACUUUGAAUUCUGAAUUUCACAGCCAUUUAGUUUCAUACAGUUUGUUCCAUCCAAGAAACUGCCAACAGUAUGGCCUUUGACAGCCCACCGCUUUUGGAAUGUCCCCUCCAUACAGGGGCCAAUUUUUAAAACUGACUAAUGUGUCAUCCAUAUUGAAAUAAUGAAUAGUGAGAAUUGGAGCAUUCUAGAUGUUUUCCAUCUUUGUCUUAUUUGGUAUAGUUGGUGUAGAAUGGCUUUUACAUUAUUGAUAUCUCCUUAAAGCGGUUGACCCUUUUCCAGCUACUGUUGACCAAUGUGUUUUGUAAGAUGACUAUAUGGCACUUAAUAAUAGUCUUUUCAGAAGGUAUUCUCCCUUGUUGGCCAAAUCGUUUGUGCUGUCCAUAAAAUGGCUGGUGAUGGAGGGUCACGUGACCAGGAAAAUCCUCCAUUCAAAUACACUGCACCCUCACUAAACUCUCAAUAUUGCAAGUGUAGAUGGAAGAUGUGGGAAAGACUUAGUGAUGUGUCUGGAGUUAUUUUUGCUGACCCUCCAUCAGUAUCCUUCUAUUAUGUACAGGACCUCUAUGUGUACAGCACAGAAGAUUUGUCCAACAAGGGGACAUGACUUAUGAAAUACAGCAAGUAGCACAGAAAUUCAAUAACUGCUAUACUAAUAAGUGUCAUAUAGUCAUCUUACUGACACAUUGGUCAAAAGUAGCCUGAAAGUGGCGAACUGCUUUAAGCUUGCAGCAGCCUUUGUAAUGGCUAAAGAUGUAAAUGGCUUGAGUCGGUGAGGGUUAAAUGGAAACCGAAUGACUUCGAAUGGAAGUAUCUGGUACACAAUACAUUUAUGUUGUAGUCAUUUUUAAAUAUUUUUGUUUUAAUAAAAUUAUUUUAUUGUUCUA